AUGAGGGUCGGUCUUUUCAAGUCUACCUCCAGCGCUGGUCGCCCAAGGGCGGGUCAUUCCAAUGUUCGCGGCAAGGUCAUAUCCGCGCCUAUUCCCAUUCCCAACCCAGCAGACGACGAUGAGUUUCCCAUGCGUCGACCGGGCACUGGACUCGCGACACCCUUGGGCAACGAAGGGCUUAGCAAGCUGCUGGUGCCACCCGAAAGAGCAUCGACGUUGGACCCCCAAAGCAUGUCCAGUGGCCAGCUCCCGUCCGAGGUGGUGGUACCCGAGGAGAGAUUAGAAACGCCGCUGCAAGCCGAUCCAGUAUUCGCUUCAGACACUUCUGACAGCCCGGCACAAGGGCGCACAAAUAGCAAUACUUUGAGAUACUCGGUGAUUAGCAACAACACCGAUACCGAUCAGAGCAGAACUGCCCCUCAACGCAAAAGGUCCACCUUGCGUACCACGCUGGGUCGCCUGUUUGGACGGAGAAAAUCGCCUUCCAGCCUGGGAACACAACGCAAGAGUUCUUCGGGGUCCGCUGAGCAGCAACAGAGACAGAGUAAACCGUCUGCACUAGGCCGAGCACCGACCAGGGAAGCUGAGCCAAAACGGUCUGCGUCUCUGCCAAUUACAGAGUUUGACCGGGCCCUGCGCUCACAUUCUGUCGGCCCCAAUGACCACCUUGCCAUCGAGAGCGCACGCACAUCGUAUAAUGGCGGCUCGCUAAGGUAUAGGAGGCGGGCGGCCACGACGAGUAGCAAGCUCUAUGCUCGCAGGAGCGAAGGUAUGGGUGCAAUGGCUGGGCUUUCCCCCAGACCGGCUAGCACGCAUGCUAGAAGCACUCAAGAUGGCCUGGACCAGAGCAAUCCCGAGAACAUUGGGCGGGCAAUCACCAGCGAUGUGCUGAUGCAGCACAGGCGGUCCCGGAGUCUGUCACAAAUCACAAAUGUUGUCGAGGGCCCCACGCAGAGGAAUCGCCAAGACGAAAUACGGUAUUGGAGAGAAAGCUACGAUCCUGGAUUCCAGUCGCAAGCCUCAUCCAUUGCUGCGGUCGAACUUGACAAUGAUGAUACGGGUCAUGUCACCAUGGACAUGCCCGAGCAAGUCCCCUUGGACGAUCGGCCAAAGACGCCACCCCAACCUUUUGAUUUUGGCCCGCUGGCCGGUAUGAGAAUUACUCAAGCUGCUAGUCUGGAGGAGAGAGUUGCUACGUUGGAAUCGCGAAACGAGAAGCUGGAGAGACUGGUAGCACAGCUAUUUGAUCUGGUGCCUGGCGCCAACAGCCACAGGUUUGCCCGGCAGCAACCGCAAACCCCGCCUACCGCCUAUACAUCGUCUACAUUGGCACCGGCAUUGUACCGAACGACCACCGAAGAGCGGGGCCAUUCAAAGUACGCGAGCUCACAGCACUCCAACGAUUCCUUUGGCGACGGUGUUACCUUUAUUGGCUCCCUUCCGCCAGGCCCUGGGCCACUGAACCGCCCGACAUCGAAUGUAACCGCAACCGUACGUGGUGCAUCCAGCCUGCCCACCUUGGCAAGAGAUUCCGCGGUCGAUGAUCGCUACACAAAUCUACUAACCAUGUUCGAAAAUGAACGUGCCGCUCGUCACUACCUCGAGGCUCAAGUGAAGCAACUUGUGCACAGAAUCGAGCUCAUGUCGACGCCUCGAAAAGCCAAUAUAAUGUCCUUGUCAGGCCCUGCCAUGACCCACUCGGUCUUUGAGCAUGACGACGAUGACGACGACGACGAUGACGAUACUGAUGAUGCCCGCCGGGAUGAUGUUUCGGAAUCGGAUGCCUUUGAGACGCCGCGUGAGGAGUAUUCCAAGCAUGCCCUCGGUGCCUUUGGGGAAGAGCUCACCGACGAGGAUGCCGAUGGCUCGCGGAAAAAGGCCGCCCGGACGCUGUCGCUGAGCCAGCUCACCAUGGCCAAGUCACGAACACGAAGACCGGCCAGCGCGGAAUCGGGCGUCGAGUUAUGA